AUGCACGCCGGAGGCUCGGAUCCGGCGCAGAAGGCGUUGCAGAUAAAGCAGGACGACAAAUUCUACUGCAAGCUGCUGUCCAAGGAAAGCUCCGCUGCGAACCCUUCAUUCAGGGUCUACUAUGGAGGCGCCUCCGGAUCGGUGCCGUUCGUGUGGGAGUCCCGUCCUGGCACGCCCAAGCACCAGUCUCAGGACACCGCCCUCCCUCCCCUCACGCCCCCCCCCUCCUACCAGUUGAUUGACCGAGUGAUCGGGAGUUCCAGGAAGCCCUCCUCCAAGUCGACCCUCCUCAGCGCAAUACUGCCGAGGCUCAUCGAGGGGAAGGGCCGCAAACCCUCUUCCGCGUCGUCCCUGUGGUCGUCCUCGUCGGUGUCAUCGUCGACCUCGAUGGGCUCCUCGAAGCACCACAGGCGCGGCCGGUUAUCAAGCUCGAGGUCCUCCUUCUCGUCCAUGGGCGGCGGCGACGACAACGAGUCCGAUGCCGGAUCGCCGAGGUCAACUCUGUGCUUCGGCGUCCGCCAGGGCGGCUUCCGGGGGUGCUACAAGAUGGUGAUCGUGAAGAACGCUCUCUUGUCCAUUGUCGGCCACGGAUCCGGCCAAGGUACUGCAUAA